CCCACAGACCCUCCCUCCAUCCUCUCUCCUCCUCCUGCUCCUGCCGGGGUAUCUCAGCCCCUGUGUUCGCUCAGCUCACUGCGCUGGCGGACUCGAUAGCUUACUACCGUAUGCGCUCACGGCGAACAGAGAUUCGCACAGGCAGCAGCAGCAGCAUCAUCGCCAUGGAUGUGUUGGUUCUUGCUCUAGCGUGCAGGGUAUUCCUGUCAGCGCACGCAGCACUUGGGGUGGCGGGCGACUCCACGCUGCAGGUGGAGGUCAUGGCCGAGAUGGGACUCCACAACGAGACUGACGGCGUGCAGUCGGUUCACGGCCUCUACCCCAGCAGCGGUGCCUACCUCUUCCAAGACUCGGCCAGGAAUCUGAAAGCGCCGGAACGCUUACGGAGGAAAGUUGUUCACCUCCUGCAAAACAGGACGGAGUUCACCGUGUUAGCAACCGUCAAGCAAAAGCCACUCACUUCUGGAGUGUUGCUGUCAAUCCGCGAAGCGGAGAAAAGAUACCUGGAGCUGGAGAGCAGCGGGCAGCGCGAUGAGAUCCGCGUGCACUACCGCGUGGGUGGGGACGGAGGCGCCCGCGCCACCACGGAGGCCUUCCCGUACCGCCUGGCCGAUGGCCAGUGGCACCGCAUGGCCCUCACCAUCGGGCCCUCCCGCAUCCUGCUUCACGUUGACUGCAACAGGAUUUACGAGCGAGUGGUUGGUCCGCCAGACAUGAACCUGCCCGAAUCGACGGGCUUGUGGCUGGGCCAGCGUCAUUCCAAGCACGCCCUCUACAAGGGCAUAUUGCAAGACGUUAGGAUCAUCAUCACGCCCAACGGAUACGUCUCACAAUGUCCGGAUCUCAAUCACACGUGUCCAUCCUGCAGCGACUUCCACACUCUGGUGCAGAACAUCAUGGACCUCCAGGAGUUGCUGGCCAAGAUGACGGAUCAGCUAAGAGGUGCUGAACACCGCCUGGCCGAGAUGGCAAACUGUCGUUGUGAGCUGACGUGCAGAGUGGAAGGAGUCACGUACACAGAGGGGCAGCGCUGGGAGACGGGCUGUAAGAUCUGCUCAUGCAAGAAUGGGAGCGUGGAGUGCGAGCAGCUUGCGUGCCCUGCGCUGCAGUGUCCUUCGGACUCCGCUGGCAUAUUCAUCCCCAACAAAUGCUGCAAGGAAUGUCGACCGACGUGCGUCUUCGGGAACCGGGCGAUCCUCUCCGGCGCGAAGGUGGCGGUGAGGAAGGAGAGGGAGCAGCAGUGUCAACUUCACGAGUGCAGCGACGGGUUGAUGGUUUUGGCUGACGAAGGUCCUUGUCCCACUCUGUCCUGCAUCGCCGAGCAACAAAUAGACCUUCCGGACAGAUGCUGCAAAGUGUGCCGCGGACACGACUUCUGCGGGGAGGGCCACAUCUGCGGCGAUCACUCGCAGUGCCAGAAUCUGCUGACGCGCGCGGCAUGCGUCUGUCGUCCGGGGUUCACACCCAUCCGCGAGGACGAGGCCUACUGCCAAGACGUGGACGAGUGUGCGGAAGGAGCCCAUUACUGCCACGAGUUCACCACGUGCACCAACACGGCGGGCUCGUUCCACUGCGAGUGCCUGCCCGGGUACCUGCGCGUGGACGAUUACUCGUGCACCGAGCACAAUGAAUGCAUCAGCGGAACCCACAACUGUGACCCCAAUGCCAUCUGCACCAACACCGUGGGCAGCCACAGAUGCACAUGUGGCCCCGGUUACAUCGGCAACGGAACGACUUGCCAGCCCUUCUGCGACGGCGGCUGUAAGAAUGGAGGGAGCUGCAUGUCCCCCAGCGUCUGCCUCUGUCAGUCCGGCUUCAAGGGCGAGCUCUGCGAAACCGACGUGGACGAGUGCUCUGUCGGCAUCGCGCAGUGCCACCCCAACACGCACUGCGUCAAUCUCCCCGGGUGGUUCCAUUGCGAGUGCCGCGCCGGGUACCACGACAACGGAAGCUUCGCUCUCAACGGAGACAGCUGCACCGACAUUGACGAGUGCGUGACCGGGCGGCACAGCUGCCAGAACCAGACGGUGUGCGUGAACUUGGAGGGCAGCUACGACUGCCGCUGCCCCAGCGGGCAGCACUGCAGCGGGGAGUGUCUGCACGACGGGCAGACCAAGCGCAACGGCCACGUGUGGACCCUGCUGGGCGACCGCUGCUCCGUGUGCACCUGCGUGAACGGUCAGGUGUUUUGCCGGCGGACCAUGUGCGAGUGCGACAACCCCAACGUGGACCUCUUCUGCUGCCCCGAGUGUGACAACCGCAUCACCAGCCACUGCCAGAGCCAUAACGGGCAGGUGACGUACCGCAGCGGGGACACGUGGGUCCACGACUGCCAGUCCUGCCGCUGUCUGCAGGGUGAGGUGGACUGCUGGCCCGUGCCAUGCCCCAAGCUGCACUGCCGCCACACGGUGCUGCUCGAGGGCAACUGCUGCGCUCGCUGCGUGAGCAGCCCCUGCGAGACGGACGGCGACUCGGGCGCAGCCGUCGUGCCGGACCUCACCAAGAGUUGCCGGGACGAGCGGGGGGCCCAGCGGCUGGGCGGGUCCUCUUGGCGGCCGGAUGGGGGGCCGUGUAUCCUCUGCCACUGCCAGGAUGGGAACAUCUGCUGUUCAGCCGACCCUCUGUGUCCUUUCAACAACUAGGGAGUUAAUUAUCACUAAGAAGACAAUUAAUAUGUACACAUCGGUAGUAUGGCUGUGCCGUUCUAUUUUCGGUAAGUUGAAAGCCAUUGCAAACAAACGUUUAAUUUUAAAAUAAUGUAAUAACAGUCGGGGCAAAAAAUAAGAGCUCUAUUAUCGAAGCAUCAUUAGGAUGUAGAACCGUUUGUUUAUUUAAAAUGUUUUUUUUGGUGUUUUAUUUUCUUUAACAGAAAAUAGCAUCCGAAAUACAAAAAACUUACACAUGUCCAGAAUAACUUAUUGUGGAUUUAAAGUCACUCUCUGUAAAGUUACUUGAAUAUGAUGUAAAUGCAUUUUUUUUCCAUCUGUGAUUUUUUUUUUGCAUAUGCUAUGCUGCGUUAAAAAAGUUUGCCUACUUUAUAAUUUAUUAUCGUUUUUAUUAUACCCUCGGAUGAUUAUGUGUGCCAAAAUUAUGAGAUGUAAAUAUUAAUAUUGAUGAAAGUUGAUCGCAUUGAAAUGUUUCCAGCUGUUUGUUGUACUUUCGCAAUUAUUUUCAGGAUCAAUAGACACGCUGAGAAAAUCUUAAGAACAUAAAUCGAAAUGAGGAAGUCAAAAGUCUCAAGCUUUUGAAAUGAGUGGUCACACUUUCCUCCAAGUUACUUGAUUGCAUUACAUUUGAACCUAAAUAUGACAGUAAAUAAAAAAAAAGUUCGGCUAGCCACUCGUGAUUAAACCAAUUUCUCAAGUGCGCACGGUGCAUGAUCUCAGCCUGGUCACCGGUGACUUUGCAACAACAACAACAACAAAAAUCUAUCAUACAAUGACAACUCUGCAAUGUGACCAACUAUCAUACCAGAGUAUGUAUGCGCGAAAGUACACCACGUGCAGAGUAAAGGAUAAAAAAGGCCCAUUCGAAAAAAAAAAUCUCUUCCACGGCCACACGCUGUCUCAAAGCUUGUGCAUCACUCUGUGCGAUUUCCCCAGCAGAUUCUUUGUCUCGUAACGUGGAGAUGCCAUUCUAUUGGUCCUGCCAGUUUCUCUCUUCUGAGUUCUUGCUUUCACAUCGUGUCAAAUGUCCAUGAACCACAUCGCCUGCUCACCCGGCUCUUGGCCCGGUUUCUAUCAAUGCUCGGUGGUCUUGCGUGAGCUCACGUUGACAUUUUUGAAAUACGGUACUGUGCUUCAUUUGUGCUGAUUGCUUAAUAAAGAG